GGACAACUUUUAAUAGUGCAGAGAGAGGCUCCAUUCUUCCCCGGGAACUUGGCCCCUUGGCGUCAUCAGGAGGUGGUUGGUGUGGAGAUGUCCAGGCCUCAGCUGCCUCCAGUGACCCGACAGAGGACGUGGUUUGUUCUCACCAAGAGUGAUGCUCCCUGAGACCAGAGGGCCAACACCACAGAGCUGGGGUCGUGGCCGGGGAAGUGUCCACACUGACUGAGCCAUGCCUUGUCCAGCCUGCGCCCAGCCUGGGAGAGGGUGAGUGUGAGGACAGGUCUGGGGCUGUCCAGAUGGAAUGAGGCAGGCACGGGGGACACCCGAGCGCCACCCCUACCUUUCAGUGGCACCAUGAGCUGAGCUGGACACCUGGGCAGUGACGGCCGUUGGAAUCCAGGGGCCCACCAGCCCCUUCCUGACCCCCGGACGGGACUAUGCCCAUGCAGGCGCCCCAGAGCAGGCUGCUGGGCUCCCUCAACACCACAGCCACAGCCUCCCCCAGUCCUGGGCUAGCUGCCAACCACACAGGACCCUGGUGCCUGCAGGUGCCCAUCCCCGAUGGGCUCUUCCUCAGCCUGGGGCUGGUGAGCCUGGUGGAGAACCUGCUGGUGGUGGUUGCCAUCGCCAAGAACCGCAACCUGCACUCGCCCAUGUACUGCUUCAUCUGCUGCCUGGCCUUGUCCGACCUGCUGGUGAGCAUGAGCAGCGUGCUGGAGACGGCCGUCCUGCUGCUGCUGGAGGCGGGCGCCCUGGCCGGCCGGGCUGCGGUGGUGCAGCAGCUGGACGACGUCAUCGACGUGCUCAUCUGCAGCUCCAUGGUGUCCAGCCUCUGCUUCCUGGGUGCCAUCGCCGUGGACCGCUACAUCUCCAUCUUCUACGCGCUGCGCUACCACAGCAUCGUGACGCUGCCCAGGGCGCGGUGCAUUGCCCUGGCCGUCUGGGGGGCCAGUGCCACCUCCAGCUCCCUCUUCGUCGCCUACUACGACCACACGGCCGUGCUGCUCUGCCUCGUCAGCCUCUUCUUGGCCAUGCUGGUCCUCAUGGCGGUUUUGCACGUCCACAUGUUCACCCGGGCGUGCCAGCAUGCCCAGGGCAUCGCCCGGCUCCACAAGGGACAGCGCCCAGCCCACCAGGGCUCUGGCCUCAAGGGUGCUGCCACCCUCACCAUCCUCCUGGGCAUUUUCUUCUUUUGCUGGGGCCCCUUCUUCCUGCACCUCGCGCUCAUCGUGCUCUGCCCUCGGCACCCCACUUGCAGCUGCGUCUUUAAGAACUUCAACCUCUUCCUCACCCUCAUCAUCUGCAACUCCAUCGUGGACCCGCUCAUCUAUGCCUUCCGCAGCCAGGAACUGCGCAGGACGCUCAAGGAGGUGCUGCUGUGCUCCUGGACAAACCGCCAACUCCGACACCCGCUGGGCAGCGGCUCGGUGCCAGCCUGGGGACCCCGCAAAGCCCAGUGGACUUGUGUGCGGGACAUGACGGGGGUGGAGGUGUCAGGGCCCCUCACAAAGUUGCGGGAGCACUCGCCGGGGCAGCUGCGGGGCGAGGGCGACAGGGGGCCCGCGGCUCCCAUUGUCCUCGGCGGAGCGCGCCAGCCCCUCCCUGCGAACAGGCUGCGGCGCGGCCCGGAGCGCGGGGCGGUGCGCGGUGCCCGCGCCGCACUGUGCGGCGGCGCCUGCGGAUUGGCCACGCCGCGGAGACGUCAGCCCGGGCGCGGGGGCCGCGGCCUUAAGAGCGGGCGUCGGGGGCCGCGGAGCCUCCGCAGCCGCCCGUCGCCCUGCGCCCGCCGCCUCCGCCCGCCGCGCCGCGCCGCCAUGAGAGAAAUCGUGCACAUCCAGGCCGGCCAGUGCGGCAACCAGAUCGGGGCCAAGUUCUGGGAAGUCAUCAGUGAUGAGCACGGCAUAGACCCCAGCGGCAACUAUGUGGGGGACUCAGAUCUGCAGCUGGAGCGCAUCAGUGUCUACUACAACGAGGCCUCCUCUCACAAGUAUGUGCCUCGGGCCAUCCUGGUGGAUCUGGAGCCUGGGACCAUGGACAGCGUCCGCUCGGGGGCCUUUGGUCACCUCUUCAGGCCUGACAACUUCAUUUUCGGUCAGAGUGGGGCUGGUAAUAACUGGGCCAAAGGUCACUACACGGAGGGUGCAGAGCUGGUGGACUCGGUCCUGGAUGUUGUGCGGAAGGAGUGCGAGAACUGCGACUGCCUGCAGGGCUUCCAGCUGACCCACUCGCUGGGCGGCGGCACGGGCUCGGGCAUGGGCACCCUGCUCAUCAGCAAGGUGCGCGAGGAGUACCCCGACCGCAUCAUGAACACCUUCAGCGUCGUGCCCUCGCCCAAGGUGUCGGACACGGUGGUGGAGCCCUACAACGCCACCCUGUCCAUCCACCAGCUGGUGGAGAACACCGACGAGACCUACUGCAUCGACAACGAGGCCCUCUACGACAUCUGCUUCCGCACCCUCAAACUGGCCACACCCACCUACGGCGACCUCAACCACCUCGUGUCGGCCACCAUGAGUGGGGUCACCACUUCCCUGCGCUUCCCUGGCCAACUCAACGCCGACCUGCGCAAGCUGGCCGUGAACAUGGUGCCCUUCCCCCGCCUGCACUUCUUCAUGCCCGGCUUUGCCCCACUCACGGCCCGGGGCAGCCAGCAGUACCGCGCCCUGACCGUACCCGAGCUCACCCAGCAGAUGUUCGAUGCCAAGAAUAUGAUGGCUGCCUGUGACCCGCGCCAUGGCCGCUACCUGACGGUGGCCACCGUCUUCCGUGGGCGCAUGUCCAUGAAGGAGGUGGACGAGCAGAUGCUGGCCAUCCAGAGCAAGAACAGCAGCUACUUCGUCGAGUGGAUCCCCAACAACGUCAAGGUGGCCGUGUGCGACAUCCCACCCCGCGGCCUCAAGAUGUCCUCCACUUUCAUCGGCAACAGCACGGCCAUCCAGGAGCUGUUCAAGCGCAUCUCGGAGCAGUUCACGGCCAUGUUCCGGCGCAAGGCUUUCCUGCACUGGUACACAGGCGAGGGCAUGGACGAGAUGGAGUUCACCGAGGCCGAGAGCAACAUGAAUGACCUGGUGUCCGAGUACCAGCAGUACCAGGACGCCACGGCCGAGGAGGAGGGCGAGAUGUAUGAAGACGAUGAAGAAGAAUCCGAGGCCCAGGGCCCCAAGUAAAGCAGCUUGCGGCUGGAGCGUGGGGCCGUGUGGCAGCCGGGGCCGAGACGAGCAGCGCCCCUCAGAGCCACCUACCGACCAACACUGCCCCAGCUUUGCUCCCCACCAGCUCGCCGUAGCACCCCAGGGCCCCCAAGUCGUUGUCCUCUAGUAUCCAUGGUCAUUUUCCCUCCCCCCAGGAGUCCACCCAGCCCUCUCUUCCCCACCCUGGGCCGCCUCCGUCUGUCUUUGUGUUGCUCAUUUGUUUCUUUGUUCUUCUGUGGCUCCAGGCCUGAUGUUUUAUGGUUUUUUUAAAGAUUAGUUUGUGUUUAUAUUUUGGGGGGAUACUUAAUAAAUCUAUUGCUGUCA